CCAAGCGGAUCCUACUCAACACCAACUUUUCAGAGAAAUGUCUCAAACUAAUGUUGAAGGAUUUCAACGUCUUUUUGAAUGUUAUGAUAUUGGCAAAGAUCGAUUACAAAGUAUAUAUAAACAAGACAUUGAAAAAUCAAUGCCACGUAAUACAUCCGGUCGACGUAGUCAAAAUAUUAUUGUUGAUAGUUUCACCCAGCAGCAAAAACGUCAUAAAGAAGAGAAGUCAAAAACAACAAAAAAAAACAUUAAAUUACAUAAG